AGAGAGAGAAAAGUUUACAGUGGUGGUACUGAGUGUGCCUACGAGUGCGAGAGAGUGAGCUUACGAGUUUGCGGUGUACGGGACUCGUUGAGAUGUCGUGGCUGCUCGUACUACGGACUUACGAUUGAAGAGAGUUAGGAAAGAUAACGUCGGUGGGUGACGUCGUCACGAUGCGCAUGUUGCUACUGAUAAGAUUGACGUUAGUGACAGCAGGCGUGCUGCUAACGAAUUCAAACGCGAGUCCAAACACGAAGGUACACCUGCAGAUCAAUUCAAAGACAGGGAAACACAUUGGCAUCCAGGAUCGUGAACAAGUGAUUGCUGGUAUGGAAGCCAGCCUCCUUUCCCUUUUAGGUUUCUCUAAAAGGCCUAAACCCCAGGGUCCGGUUUAUGUGCCGGAAUCUCUGCGAAAGCUUUACGUUCGGCAGAAUUCCAUUGGCGUGGCGGACAUCGCAAAACCAGGAAUUCACACACGAUCGGCGAACACAGUUCGUUCCUUCUUUCAUGUCGAGAGUGAACUGGACGAAAAGUUUCGCCUGCCAAAUCGAUUUCGUCUCUCGUUUGACCUAAGGAGAAUACCAUUGGGUGAGAAGUUGCAAGCGGCUGAGUUGAGUCUUUCACGUAUUGCGAUAACCGAAGAAGAUGAUUCAAACGGACCAAGGCAUGGAAGAGUACUUGUUUACGAUAUCGUUCGUCCAGGGAUAAAGGGACGAAGUAUGCCAAUACUGAGAUUGGUCGAUAGCAAGGUGAUAGAUCUGAGGAAAAAUGCCACGGUCAAUUUGGAUGUCCAUCCGGCGGUAGAAAGGUGGAUGAAGAAUCACAAAAGCAAUUAUGGUCUUCUCGUUCAUGUGAUGACUGGCUCGAAGAAAUUAGAAAAGCAACAUGUUAGACUAAAACGUAGUAUCGACGAACAGAACGAGACAUGGGUGAUCAAUCGUCCAAUGUUAUUCACUUACAUGGACGACGGUAGAUACAAAAUGACUUCUGGCAAGCAGAUCUUGGAUAGACGUGCCAGACGGGCAGCUUUAAGAAAGAACAGACGAAAGGAUGGUCGAGAGAAUUGUCGUCGACAUCCGCUCUACGUUGACUUCGCCGACGUCGGUUGGAACGAUUGGAUUGUUGCUCCUCCCGGAUACGACGCCUUCUAUUGCCACGGAGAUUGCCCGUUUCCUUUGGCGGAUCAUCUGAACUCGACUAAUCACGCGAUCGUCCAGAACUUGGUCUACUCGACGAAACCAAGCAUGGUUCCGAAAGCAUGUUGUGUGCCUACGGCCUUGAGCUCGAUAAGUAUGCUCUAUCUUGACGAGGAAAACAAGGUUGUCUUGAAGAAUUAUCAGGACAUGGCAGUCUUGGGUUGUGGGUGUCGUUAGAUCUGUAUGAACUUCAAAAUCAAUCCAAAUUCUCUCUCUUUUUCGAGAGAACAAUUGAUCGAUGUGCGAUAUAGACGCUUUUCUUUUAAAAUCUUUAAUAUCGUAUUUAAGGAGAAGGCUCAUUUCUAACAGACAUCUAAAAAAGAAUAUAAAGAAUAAAUUGUUAGAAAGAGUGAGAGACUGUUGAGUAUAGAGCCUUCGUUCUCUAUACGAUAUAUUUUUAUAAUUCUAUUCUUUCUAGACGAUGAACGAUUAUGCAAAAGUGUGUGCAUGUGGUAUGCCUGAGUGUGUAUAAUCCUUUCGCGUUUAUCGCGAUUUCGAUAAAUAAAAAGAAUAAUUGGAAAAGUUUUUAUUGAAAAAAAAAAAAAAAAAAAAAAACAAAAAAAACAAAAAAAAACAAAAAAAAAAAGAAAAAAGAAAAAAAAAGAAAAAAGAAAUCAAAUAACGAAAACAAUUAUUCCUUGAAUAUCUUUAUGAUCUAUUGGGAAUAUAGAUCCGUAUCGUUCUACAGAUCAUAAUCAAAACUAUAGACUACAAAAAAAUACACAAGUUAAAGAAGAAGAAAAGUGCAUGUACCUAUAAGGACUUUUUUUUUUUUUUAAUUUUCUUACACAACAUGCCGUCCUAUAUGUCUUGUUUAAUUUCAUUCCAUCUCUUUUUAUCAUAUUGUCAACGAAAGAUAAUGGAAUAUAACGAGCAUGUAUCACUGUGGAAAGGCAGGAAACGUUGAAAGAGUGACGGCAGAAUGAGUUGAGAAACGUAUUAUAUAUUCGAAGGAUAAAUAUCGAUCUUCUUGAUCUUUAUGAAAGAUCUUCUAGAAAAAGACAAUAUUAUUUUUGUUCUCUCAAGAGUAAUACACAUACAAAAAUAAUCCAUUAUUUCGAUAACACAAAUUGAUCCUUUCAUAGCGAAUAUGUUAAAAAGUUAUGAAAAGUAUCAACAUAGCAAUCAAUGAUAAAUAAUAAUAAUAAUAAUAAUAAUAAUAAUAAUAAUAAUAAUAAUAAUAAUAAUAAUAAAUAAAUAAAUAAAUAAAUAAAUAAAUAAAUAAAUAAAUAAAUAAAUAAAUAAAUAAAUAAAUAAUUUUAUAUACACGCAAAGCAAACGAAAUGACAAAUGUGUGCCAUGAUCAUGUGUACAACGUAUAAAAUUCAAAGUAAACUAAUAAUGAGAAUAGAAUAUUCGUCCACAUAGAACCGCGAUACGUGCGCAUAUGCAAUUAUACUUAAGCGAACAAUUAAAGUUUGCUUAAAACAUGUAAUGUAUAAUUAUGUAGGCACAUAUAGAGAAUUCCUGCCGCCUCAAAUAAAUUGUACCUGCCUACCUAAGGAUUACUAUUUAUUAUUUUUGCCAAAAGAAAAAAAAAAAAAAAGAAACACGUGUGUAUAUUUGUACAAAAAGAAGGGUGUUAAUGAUAAGUGUAUUUGUAAAAUGUAUAAAGUAUAAGUAAACGAUAGUAGGCGACGAAAAAGUACAUGUAAACAUUGUAAAUAAUGCAUUUGUAAAGUAUCAUAAACAUGUAUAUUCUAUGACAUAUCCUUAUCUGUUAUAAUAUUUUACCCAAAUUGUACACAGAAUACAGGUGUAAAUACAGAUUUUUCAUCCAA